GUGUGUAGCGUGCGCAUCAGUAGAUUGUCGUUCAAGUAGUGUAAUUAAAGUGGUUGUAGGCAAUUCAAAAUGACGAAGACUGUGAAUGCGCUCCUAUUAAUUCUUGUUUCCUCUGUGACCGUCUUUUCUUUUAACUCUACCGUCCCAACAAGGGAUGUUUUCGACACGUGGUUCUCGCGAGUCAAAGAACACCCAGAAUGCGUGAGCUCAUCGGCCGUAACCGAAAAUGAUCUGGAUCAAUUCUUUCUUCAUUACCAGCUUCCAUCUACCACCAGCUUCAAAUGUUUCCUCACUUGUUUCUACGGAUCUUACGACCUAACGCACGAAAAUGGCACCAUCAACGUAGACGAGGUCGUCAAGGACGUCGCGCGGAUUACUUACGAAACGGCGGCCGCUUGUGCCGGAAAAGCACGCAAUAUACCGGACAAGUGCCAAAUAGUUUAUGUGUUCCAGAAUUGUAUUCUUCAUGGCAACUCCUUCGAACUGACGGAAUAAGUUGUUGCUGUAUUGCAAAAAGCAAUUUUUUUGUGGUUAUCUCACAGUGGGAAGCCUCAUCAGUCAUCAUGUCAAAUAUAGAAACCGUUGUGAACGUACGAGUUAUUGGGAAAGUGGCACUAAUAAACAAAACGUGGAAAAGUUGUAUACAUCUUUGAGAACUGGCAACCGCGCGUUUUCUUAGAACAAAGGAAAAGCUGUCGGUGCCGCCUUGAGAGCACGAAUGCUUCUUACGUUGCAGGCAUAUAGGUUUGGGCUAUCGUCGGGAGAGCAUCGUGUAGGUGUUUUGUGUUAUUUAAUUGCAGGUAAUAAUCGUUGCUCUCCUGUAUAAUUAUGUAAUUUAUUUAUGUUCUGUAUACAAUAUUCUAUGUUUUAUGUAUUACUUUCGUUAUUUGUUUUUGAAAUUGACAUACUUUAACUUCGGUGCUAGAUCACACGUGUGAAAAAUGCCGUUAAGUUUAUUACUUCAUUAUCAUU